AUGUGUUUCAUAGAAAAGAAGCAAGAAGAUGCAGUUCUAUCUUGCAUUAUCAAAUCCAAGCAUAAUAGUAACUGACAGACAUCCAGCCAACUUAUUAGCUCCUGAUCACCAGCCUAUAAACCCCUUUUACUAUUUGAGCAUUCAGCUAGGCACUGCUCUUUCUCCUGCUGAAGUGAGCAGGAGAGGUUUGCCCCACUGACCUGUUGCAUACCAUGUAUCUGAAGGGCUGCGCAGGUAUUUCAGCCAUGUAGGUGUUUAAAUCAAAGCUGGCCUAAGCUUUUAGCGAGGGAGGGGAUGUUGUGGGACCCGGUUAGUCGGGGAGGGCUAGUCUUUGAAAUAUUGUUGGUAGACUGCCUGUUAUCUUUUCUUCUCGGCAUCAGAGAUCCAGCCUUGGUGUGUCAUCUGUUACAGCCCUGUACUGGCAUUGGUUCAAAGGGGAUGCUGGGAAAUGCAAUCCAUAUGGUGGCACUAUAAAGCCUAGCACUGAACACAACCAUAGUUCAAGAUCAACUCAGGACGCUUGAAAAAACAUCAAUUCAGUACCUGCCUUUCCCCUAGUGGCCUGCGGAGCUCCACUGUCCAGGGAUCAAGGUGACAGGACCGGUUACUUCCGAAAGGUGGUCCUGCUAGAUUUGAUAUGCAGAUUCUGUGCCAUGUGAUAUUCCUGCUUAUGCUGGGCGGCAUUUCUUGCCAAAACAACCGCAAUGCCAAGCCAAGUGGCAAACCUGCAAAGAAAACCAGCAGCACCCAGGCUGAGGUUGCACAGCAUACCCCAGAUGAGGACUCGAACCCUGGGCCAGGAACUGCAGCCAGGGGAACCCAGCAAGGAGCGUCCACCAACAAACCAGCUGAUGAGAUGAAGCUGCACCUCCUCAGGAACACACCAGCUAUAUGCAAUGAUGGCACCGCAGCAGGGUUUUACCUAAAGGAGUUCAAAGGAAGCAAGAGGUGGCUGAUAUUUUUGGAGGGUGGUUGGUGCUGCUACAACAAAGACACCUGCGAUUCAAGAUAUAAAAAUAUCCCACGCCUUAUGAGCUCAUCUGACUGGCCACAGACACGCAAAGGGAGUGGAAUUCUAUCUGCCCAAGCUGAUGAAAAUCCUCACUGGUAUAAUGCCAACAUUGUGUUCGUCCCUUACUGCUCCAGUGAUGUGUGGAGUGGUAACAAGCCAGCAGUAAAGGCCAAACAGGGAAAAGAAACAGAAUACUCCUUUGUGGGUUCUGUGAUCAUUCGGGAGGUGAUCAAAGAUCUUGCAUCAAAAGGAAUAAAACAGGCCAAGGUUGUGAUGUUGGCUGGAACCAGUGCCGGUGGAACAGGUGUAUUACUAAACAUCGAGAAGGUGGCCAGUCAGUUGGAGCAGUUGGGGGCAGACACACAGGUUCGAGGCCUGGUCGAUUCUGGAUGGUUUCUGGAGAGCAAACAGAAGGCCUCCGACUGUCCUGACAGCGUUUCUUGCACCCCUGUCGAUGCUAUUAAGAAAGGGAUCAGAUUAUGGAAUGGAGUUAUUCCAGAGAAGUGUAAGCAACACUACAAGAGAGGCGAGGAGUGGCAGUGCUUUUUUGGACACAAACUGUUCUCCUUUUUAAGCACACCACUGUUUGUGGUCCAGUGGCUCUUUGAUGAGGAACAGUUGCGUGUUGAGAACAUUUACUUGGGGGGGCAGUCCCUUUCUGAGCAACAAUGGACUUACAUGCAGAACCUGGGAAAAGAGCUCAAGAACUCCCUCAAGGACGUUACCGCUGUGUUUGCCCCCUCCUGUCUCUCCCACACAUUGAUCACCAAAAGUAAUUGGAUGGAUUUCCAAGUGAAGGGUACGUCCCUGUCUCGCGCCCUGCAGUGCUGGGACAGAAGCCUUCAGGAAGCCAAUAAGAACAGCAAAACUGCCCUGAAAGGCUGCCCCUUCCACCUGAUCGACACCUGCCAGUGGCCUCAGUGCAACCCCACUUGCCCUGCACUGAUCGACCAAGCCACGCAGCAAGAGAUGACCCUCCUCCAGGUGCUGGCCAGCAUGGGCUUGGACCUGCAAAAGCUGAGCGUGGACACACGGCGGGACAGCAGCACCUCUACUGGAAUGAUCAGCAAUGGUGGCUAAAGAGUUAGCAAACUAUAAUGUUCUCAUUGUCAAGAAGAAAUACAAUCACUUUAGCCAUACUGUAGAAAUUGCUCGGUGGCGCCCCCUACAGCCACCCGGCGUUCUGUUGUGUUGCAAAUGCAAUUGAGAUGUUUGACAAGUGGGGUUUGUGUCUGUGACGACCACCUGUCCCCAUAAUCCUGUGUGUCCAGUCAGGAUGGGUUUUUGGGUUUGGCCUAAGACUCUUGAGUGAAGCAUGAGUUAUGAGUAUGUGUAGCUAGUCACAGAUAAUUGCCAACUAAUGUUAGAUUAUCCCAAACUCUUUAACAAGAAGAGUAGAUAAAGGAGUUAAUCUUUUUUAUUUGUAACUGUUCUAUUGUGCGUCAUUGUUUCGUACAGAACAUGCAUUUACACAGGUAAAAGGUUAAAUUAUUUCAGUUCAGAUGACUGAAUGAUCUAACAUUCUAGCUCUCCAAUCUUGACAGUAAUCACACUGAUCAGUACGCUAAUGCCUUUAUUUCACAUUUUUGACUGCACUGUGGAAAGCUGAUUAAGCUGAUUAUGGCAAAUUAUUUGAGCCUAAAAUAAAGCCAGUAAUACAAGUCGUAACAUAUAUUAAUUUUAUUAGUGUACUAAAAUUUUCAUGUUGGAGAUCAACUAUAAAAUUCAGAGCUGAUACAUGGAUGACUUGUUAUAUGUUACUAGUAAAAAAAAUCCUGUUACAGAUUUCUAUAAUUAUAUUUUACUAUUAGAAAUUACUAUGUACUAUUAUGUAAUUACAGGUAUCUUCAUAUUAAUACUGACUGCAUUCACAGAUUCAUAAAUAUCUCAAAUAAAUUUAGAUAUCUGCAAUUUGGAUUUUGUCUUGUGAAAUAUUUGAGUAAGGACUGGUUUUAGGUUAAAUGGUUUGUCGUGUGGCAUGCUAAUAUGUGUCUAUAUGACUAUGUGUUUCAGAUACACAGCUAUAAGCAAUAUUGUCAUUCUAUGAUCUACCCAUGUGCACAUAAAUGACAUGCAUAUA